AUGAGGGAUCGGCCCGCCAUCAGCAUCGAAAAUUACACCAUAUACUGCGGCGAUGCUGAUGAGAACAAAGUAGGUGGCUGCGCGAUAGCUGUGAGGAACGAUUACAAGAACCUGGUGGAGGAAUUUGGCUCAACGUCGUCUAGAUGCGCCUUUCUACGACUGCGGGAUCGCAGAGGACGUAAACUCUGGAUCGUAAGUGCUCACGCACCUACGGAAACCGCUGAGGACAACAGUAAGGACGCCUUCUAUGAUGAACUCAAUGCGUUGAUGUCUAAAAUACCAAGCCAGCAGGUGGUUAUUGUCGGAAUCGACGCAAAUGCGAAGAUGGGACUCGAACAGCAAUCCAAUGUGCCAGGAAAAUGGUACUAUGCAGCGGAGCGCACGUCGGACAACGGUGAUCGUCUGGUCGACUUGUGCGAACAGACGGGCCUAAUCAUCGCUUCACCGUUUAAGAGGAAUCAUCGACGGCAUCAGCUCACGUGA